UUGGAGGGAUGCGGAAAGGCAUGCGGGGCAAUCUGCGCGCAUAUAGUGAGUUAUUGAAGCAUUGCCAAGAUGCAGACGCCCUUACGGACCGACUACAGUGCACAUUCGUAGCGCGAAACGCAAGGAAUGACCACUCCGCAUCAAUGAAUGACCCCCGGUGAUGGCAGCUAUGGGCAAGCGGUCAAGGCGAAAGCGCUUCGGCCCCACGGGGUUCGAGGAAUUUGGAGGCUACAUGAACGCGAAAAUACAGAAGCUGGAGAACCAGUUUCUCAACAGUGCUCAAAACGAAAUCGACUCCAGUCAGGAGGAUCAGUCAUCAGCUAUAUUCAAAGGAAUCAGUGUUUUCGUCAACGGCUACACAAAUCCUACUGCAGAAGAAAUCAGGCGGAUAAUGAUGCUACAUGGCGGCACAUACCAGCAUUAUUACAAGCGCAAACCUAAUUGCUACAUGAUUGCAACAAACCUCCCACCGGCAAAACUAAUAGACCUGAGGGAUUAUGUCGUCAAGCCCAAUUGGAUCUCCGAUAGCGUUCAAGCUGGGAAGCUGCUGCCCGUUCAAGACUACCUUCUUUACACUCCUGAUUUGAAGAAUGGCCAGCAGAAGCUAAGUGUGGUCAGAUGUGAGAAGCCAUCAACCUCAGCUGCCAGUCCACAAAAUUCCACAAGUCAAAACAAUGACCAAGACAGCUGGCUUUCCUCCGAAAACAGUCCUGACGAAGAUGAGCACACAGAAUGUCACGCCGAGAACAGUGUAAACAAUGUAAACCAAGAAUCAAAGAAGGACAGCAUCGAACCACGCAAAGCAGGAGAUCCCGGAUUCCUCGAGCAGUUUUACGGGAGGUCACGACUGCACCACAUAUCGACGGCAAGCAUCAAGCUUAGAGACUACGUCGCUCAGAAGAGAGCUGUUAGCAGUGGUGCAUUUGACGGCAUUGAAGAAUUGAAAUGCUAUUUGACUUCAAAAAGCUCGAGAGAGCAACUGUCUGUGGGCGAAGAUAAAGUGAUCAUGCAUAUUGACAUGGACUGUUUUUUUGUUUCCGUUGGCCUCCGUACAAGGCCACACUUAAAAGGAAAACCAGUAGCUGUGUGCCACGGAAAAACAUCUCUUGCUUCAGCGAGUUGUGCUACACUGAACUCCCAAACCGAGCGUAGCGAUUUAGUGUCUUGUUCAGAAGUAGCAAGCUGCAGUUAUGAAGCACGAAAGGCCGGUGUUAAAAGCCGUAUGUAUUUGGGACAGGCAAGAAAGUUGUGCCCGGCCCUAGUGGCCAUACCAUAUGAAUUUGAAAGCUACGACGAGGUCUCCAGGCUCCUGUACGACAUCGUAGCGAGUUUCACAUUGGACAUUGAAGCCAUUAGCUGUGACGAGAUGUUUGCCGACGUCACUAAUGUCCUGCAGCAGGCCAGCUGCUCACCAAAUGAAUUUGCGGAAUUUUUGAGAAAAAAGAUAGAGGAGAAGACCCUCUGCACUGCAUCAGUGGGUUUAGGGCCUAACAUGCUGGCAGCAAGGGUCGCCAAUCGGUUCGCCAAGCCAAAUGGUCAUCAUUUUGUGGACAGCAGCAAUCUUCUAACAUUCUUUGAAAAUGUCAACGUUAAGGACCUUCCGGGCGUCGGCUACAGGCUGCAGACUCAGCUGUCGGAGAUGGGUGUGGAAACAUGCAAGCAGCUCCAAGCACUGCCAUUGGAAACGCUCAAGGCCAAGUUCGGCGUCAAGACGUCAUCUCUCCUGUACAACUACGCCAGGGGCGUCGACAACCGGGGGCUGCAAUUCGACAAAAUGCGGAAGUCUGUGUCGGCAGAGGUCAACUACGGCAUUCGCUUCAAAGAGCCUACUGACAUGAUAAAGUUCAUUGGCCAGCUGUCUACUGAGGUGGAGAGGAGACUAAUGGAGGCUGGCGUUCAAGGACGCACCAUUACUCUGAAAGUCAAGGUGCGGCAGAAAGACGCCCCCUUGAACCCGGCUAAGUACAUGGGUCAUGGUUUGUGCGACAAUCUGGCCAAGUCUUCCCAUCUGCUGGCAGCGACGGCUAGCAAGGCCACCAUCUCAAAGGAGUGCUACAGCCUGGCGAUGCAGAUGCACCUCGUGGCAUCCGACAUCCGAGGGGUGGGCAUUCAAGUUGGAAGACUGGAGCCGCUACCAUCGGGGCAAGGUGGCGGUGUGAAGACGAUGCUGGACUUCCUUACGACUAGUAGGCCACCAGAAAACCACGAAGCAGCGGGGCCGAGCUCCGGACUGGCAGGAACGACCAAUGGCACGGCGGAGUCACUACCCAAGGCCGUCAGUCUUCCGGCGUUCUCGGAGAUUGACCCAGCUGUGUUGGACAGCCUACCUCCCGAUAUAAAGGAUGAAGUGCUGACCAUGUACAGAGAAAGUCGGCGAAAUCCUUUGCGCUCAAAAGACACAGCAGCUAGCACUAGUGGUGUCGGCAGCACCAAAAGUUCAAACCACAGCCAUCGCGGGGCACCAUCAUCAGCGGCAUCAACGAAGCCGAAAGCACAACCCACGGGUAGGAGAAGAGGUAGGCCACCGAAAGGUAGCAUCAGCCCGCAGAAAGCACGUCUCCUGGCAUGCCACUCUCUCAAGGAGUACAUGACCAAACCUGUACAGACAGCUGUAGAAACGUUUGAGUCUGUUAUUGACUCUGAAAAGAAGAUGGAGCAAGUCAAAGCUUUGCUGCAGCAGUGGAUUAACACAACAAACGAUUCUGUUCUCAAUUCGGAUGUGAUAGCGUGGACAAAUGUCCUGUGCAGCAUUGUCCAUGAGAGAAACCUGGAAAUGCUAGAUGUUCUACUCAAGUUCUUUCACAGGACCGUCCAGAAAAACGGAGCCCAGCUUUGGCAAGACACAUACAUGAAAGUCGUCAACACUGUGCAAGGCGAGGUCCUUCAGGUGUUUGGGCACUUCAUGAAAGUGCCGAUAUUUUAGAAAAGGCAAUUUUACUACUACGUGCGGGCUGAGUUGUCUACAGCCACUUUUUUUUUGCUUUUAUUUUUUUUUUCUAGUUUUACAUGCACUUUUUGCACUGUUGCAGGCAUUUCAAUGAAUGUUGCUGCAGGAAGGGAAAAAAAGAAAGAAUGCUUGAUUCGAAAGGCCUAGUGUCAUAGAACACUUGUUAUAACUUUACAACAAGAUAAUGUCUGAGCUUUUGUAUGUCUGUAUAUUUCCUUCUCCUUUUUUUUUUUUCACAUGCGCAUCCCCGUUGAGUUUUUGAAAGACAGUGUUAUGGAGGAAAAAAAAAAGCUGCCGGUAUUUAAAAACGGGUAUCCUUCAUUGCAUUUUCAAUGCUGGCUGUUGAUCGACUGAAUGAAGGUGACAUGCGUUCUCCCCGAAGCAUUCCAAACACGUACUAUAUUGCUCAUUUCUUCGAGGCUCGAGUCGCCUUGUCUGAAUGACCAGCGUCUUCGAGCCGAAGUAAUAUUGAGGGCACUGGCACUGCCUGCGUACCACGCACCGAGCAACGGUGCAUAUCACUGGCAUUCGCUGUAGUGCAAUUGAAAGCAUUUCAAUCUAAUUGAGAUGAACACAUGCAAAGCUUUGCUUUACUAGUUACCCACUGACGAAGUUUUAACUGGAAAGCCACUGUAUUUGCAAAUAUGUUGGGCCGGCGAGCUGCAUAGUGUUUUACCACCCUCAAAUUAGUUAGGUUGGUGGACUUUCGAGGGCUUUGUCCCAACUUGUACACAAUGCAGUUAUUGUUUUAUCGUAAUACCAGAGAAGCAGACAGGAACAGCAGCAUGGUCGUGGAAAUGUGUUGCGACAUUUUUCAAAAAAGGACAGAAUGUGUUGAAGCAUUCUGGCGUCGUGCAACUCUUUUCGUCAAAAGAUAAGGCUGUGCCGCUCGACACAGCUGUAGACCAGAAGAUUGUUGCAACGAACCUUCCAUGUGCUUUGGUUGACCAGAACAUCCCAAGAAGUCAGCAUUGUUGCUUUUAUCUACAUGUCUGGUGUCACUGUAAACGGUAACACAUCGCAAUCGAGCAAAAUAUUUUCUUUUUAAAAUACAUUUAUGGCCAUUACAGAAUGCAUGUCAUGCCCAGAGGUGAAAUCUUCUGUUUGUCCCAGUGUUGUUUAGAGUUUGCUGCAUUCUCUACAUGCUUUUAAUAACCUCGUAUGCUUGUGCCCGAGGAGUUAUACAUCCUGCUGUUUCUACAGGAUUAUGCGUCACGAAGCUCAACGUAACGAGUGUUUGUUGUUUAUUGAUUUUGGUUUGAAAGAAGUUUUACGAGUUCAGAAGGCCUUUUUUCUUCUUUGUCCUCAUAGUAAUAAGUUACAUGCAUGGUGUUAUAUUUAUUCAUAUAAACAUUAUUUAUGUAUAUUACUGUUUGGACACUGUUGAAACAUUUCAUUGCACUUGUGAAGUAUGUAUGGAGCAUCUUUCUUGUCUUUACAAAAAUAAAAUGAUUUUCCAAUUUA